AUGGGUGUGCAUUUGAAAGUUUCAGAGGCAAAUGCAUUGCUAGCACAUUUUAGAGUGAGGCCUAUUUUAAUGGACUGGAUUAAAGAAGCACAAAGUAAAGAUGAGCUUGUAGCUAAGGCUUUAGAGGAUCCUCAAGGAAGGAAAGGAGAGAUGUUUACUAAAGGCAAAGAUGGAGUAUUGAGGUAUAGAACCAGACUUUAUGUGCCUGAAAGUGAUGGAUUGAGGAAAGGAAUAUUAGAGGAGGCGCACAUGGCAGCCUAUGUGGUACAUCUAGGCGCUACAAAGAUGUAUCAAGAUAUGAAAGAGGUAUAUUGGUGGGAAAGACUUAAGAAAGAUGUAGCUGAGUUUGUCUCCAAGCGCCUAGUUUGUCAGUAG